UGGCCCGUAGCCCAUUGGCUGCUGCCGCCCCAGCCCCGGCGGACCCGGCAAGCUGAAGGAGCUCCGGAGCGUGCGUGUCGCCCCAAGCCGUGAGUCCCGUGCGCCCGGCGCGCCUAGCCGCGUACCGACGCCUCGCUUCAUCUCAGGAAAAAAAAAGAGAGAGAGAGAGAAAGAAGAAAAAAUGGAAGCCCUGCCCGAUGCAGCUGUUUUUGCAACUAGACUUAAAAACACUCUUAUCCAGUAUCAUAGCAUUGAAGAUGAUAAGUGGCGAGUUGCCAAGAAAAUGAAAGAUGUAACAAUUUGGAGAAAGCCUUCAGAAGAAUUUAAUGGAUACCUCUUCAAAGCCCAAGGCGUUAUAGAUAACGUCGUCAAUAGUGUAGUGGACCAUAUACGCCCAGGUCCCUGUCGCUUGGAUUGGGACAGCUUAAUGACUUCAAUGGAUAUCUUGGAACACUUUGAAGAGAAUUGCUGUGUGAUGCGUUAUACUACUGCUGGCCAGCUUUGGAAUAUGAUUUCCCCAAGAGAGUUUGUUGAUUUCUCCUACACUGUGGACUAUGAAGAAGGGCUUCUAUCCUGUGGGGUAAGUCUUGACUGGAGUGAAAAGAGACCAGAAUUUAUUCGUGGAUAUAACCAUCCCUGUGGUUGGUUUUGUGUUCCGCUUAAAGACAAUCCCCACCAGAGUCUUUUGACAGGCUAUAUUCAGACGGAUCUGCGUGGGAUGAUUCCACAGUCUGCAGUCAACACAGCCAUGGCAAGCACUUUGACCAACUUCUACGUUGAUUUACGAAAAGCCUUACAAAAGGCAUAGUAUGUUUAAACUUGUACUAGUGUAGUCCCCAGAAUCAACUUCUGCUCUCAGCUGCACGGCCUCUAAUACUCAUCCUUCCCUCUUCUCCGUGUAGCCUGCGGAAACAUUUGAGAUGAUUUAUUGCUUUAUUUUAUUCCCCAACUAAAGAGUUAUCCAAGAGAGGGCAUUUCAGCUUUCUUAAGUAAUUACUUGCCACAGGGUUUGGGACAGCAGUGUGUCUGGCACGGAGGGUAUGACAGAGAUCCAUGAAGAAGUAGGUAUACUUCUUUGACCUCAACUCUUAAGAAACUGAGUAGUGCCUCAGUAUGAAUAUUUUGGCUGCUUGGAAAUUAGAGAAAGCACAAGCUUCAUGCUAUUAGUUAAAAUAUAUUUUAGAGGUUUAUGAACAUUUUGUGAAGUUUUAACUUUUUUCGAAGUUUAAUAUUAGUGUUUCACUUUGGUAUGCUGUAUGAGUUUGCCAAUAUCUUGGACUAAAGAAAAAGCUCUUUAUAUUUUAUAAAGGUGAACAUUGUCAGUUGAAUUGCACUACUUUAAGUAUUGGAAAAAUCAGAAAUAAGAAAAGAAUAGAUAAAAUAACUAUAGACACAAGUCAAACACAAUUCUGUUUUGAUAUCUAGAUAACAUAAUUUUGUGGAUGUCUUAAAAAUGUAUUUGUAUCUUUCUGUGAAUUUAUUUUGGAAAUCUUAAAAAGUGUUUAUAUAUGGAUAAGAUAGUACAAAAACUGCCAAAUGUAUUGGGAACACCACAUUGACUGGGUUGUGUGAAAGGGUCGGUAGUAUCCUAUAUUUACCAAUAGAAAAUUGUCUGUCUAGAAAGUCAGAUUCAAUGAAUGUUUCCUUCAUGUUUCAUUUUUUUUUUUUUAAA